AUGAAUUCCUCGUAUGACGUAGCAGACUAUGUGGAGGCUCCAAAGGAUGUUUCCAGCUUAGAGUUUAAAGAUGAGAAGCAGCAAGCUAGGUUUGAACUAGGUGUUUCGAUGAUGGUAUACAAAUGGGAUGCAUUGGACAUCGCCGUUGCGAACAGCUGGGGUGGUCCAGACUCAGCUGAGAAGAGAGAUUGGAUUACUGGUGUCAUUGUAGAUCUUUUUAAAACAGGAAAGAUAGUAGAUGUUGGGUUAAUCGAAGAAACGCUGCUGUAUGCAAUGGUCGAUGAGUUCGAUACCAAUGUCGAAGAUGACUCGGCUUUACCCAUAGCUGCCGGUAUCGUGAGGCUGUAUAGAGAGUGCGAUGCUUUGAAUUAUUCGAACGUUGAACGUCUUUAUGUGGAAUGGCAAGAAAAGCAGGCCAGAAAAACUGACGCUCGAAUUGUGGAGGUCAAAGAAGACCCCAUGAACCCUGACGUCUCCGACAGUGAAGAUGAUGAGCAAGAAGAAGUGCCUAUGCUUGCUGAAGAUGUUGAAAUGGAUAUUGAUGAGCCAAAUAAACCUGAAACAAUCAUAGAUGAGGACGGAUUCGAAUUAGUGACAAAAAAAGGGAGAAGACGUUAG